AUGAUGCUUCACACAAUAAGUGGAACCCAGCACUGCAUUCCAGAAGCACGGAGAAACGACAGCCUGGAUUACAAGUCUGGAAAGGGCCGCGAUGAUGGAAUGCAUCGAUGCGUUCCAGCACGGACAUAUGGCAUUAGAAGGACGUUACCCAUGGAACCCAGCGAUGCGUUCCGAUGCGGACAUAUUGCAUUCCAGAAGCACAGAGAAACGACAGCCUGGAUUACAAGUCUGGAAAGGGCCGCGAUGAUGGAAUGCAUCGAUGCGUUCCAGCACGGACAUAUGGCAUUAGAAGGACGUUACCCAUGGAACCCAGCUAUGCGUUCCGAUGCGGACAUAUUGCAUCAUAAGGACGUCAUGCCGGCACUCCAGGAAGCACCCAGUGGUGGUCAUUUUCAACCUAUUAAAGAGGAACAAGCGGUUCUGGAGAAUUGA